AUGAAGUGUUUAUGUGAGAAAGACUCUGGUCUAUGUUCUGUUCAUUCAACUUCACACCGUGUUUUUGGAUGCCCGUCAUGGGGAACUUCUUCUGAACCUGAAGUCCAACAAGCUUCCAUGUCCAAAAGUUUGAGCUUCAAAGUGGAUGCUCUGCCACAAAAAUGUCUCGACAAGAGUAUGGCACUGAGUUUUCAAUUACACGAACAUGAUUCAUCUUCAACUCAAUCGACCGACUCAUCACAAUCAGGUCAAAUUCCUUUCCAGCAUAGUUCUUCUACUGGUUCAACAUUUAAGGGAACCGAGGGGAAUGAUAUGGGAUGUCUCAUCGGGUCAUCUUCUAUUGGGAGUCCAAAUCUCACCAUCCAUCCUCAAUUAGUGGAUCCCAGCCAAUCACUUGCGCAUAUUGCAUUCCACUUUGCUGAUCCAUGCUACAGUGGCCUACUUUCUGCUUCAUAUGGCCAUCCAUAUAAGCUAAUGGAAACAGCUUCUGUUCGAGUUCCCCUGCCGUCUGAUAUGAUGGAAGAACCCAUAUAUGUGAAUUCGAAGCAGUACCAUGCUAUUCUGAGGCGAAGACAGUGUCGAGCAAAACUUGAAGCACACAACAAACUCAUCAAGGAUCGUAAACCAUAUCUUCAUGAGUCCCGUCAUGUACAUGCAUUGAAGAGAGCUAGAGGUGCUGGUGGCCGCUUCCUCAAUGCUAAAAAGCUCGAAGAAUCGAAGCUCGCAUCACAAAACCAUGGUCAAAAUGUUUCCACCAGCUAUACUUGUUUGAAUUUGAAUGCGAAUAUGCCUGAAUCUAAAAUGCAUGAUAAUGUUGAAAACUAUAAAGAUGAUGCUUCUGAUGUGACAUAUGAAUCUAAUAGGACUGAAAUGUUCCAGCAGCAACAGGAGUUAGAGUUCAGGUUAUGCAGUUACCCUUCUUCUCAGACUGGAAGAAACAUGCAGAAUUAUACAACUGACAAGAGUGUUGGUGCGAAUCAACGCCACCGACUAUCGGUUCUCAUGUGA